AUGCUGCGGCUUGUUGUGCAGUCGGCCAAGAUUGACCCACCACUAGCUCCACUACCCAGGCCCUGCAUGUCUAUCGACUUCAGAGAUGUCAAGAAAAGAACUCGUGUGGUGGAAGGGAAUGAUCCCGUGUGGAAUGAGACCCUAAUCUGGCACCUCUGGAACCGCCCCCUGGAAAAUGACUCCUUCCUGCAAGUCACCCUUCAGGACACGGGCUCACAAAAGGAAGAAAGCUUCAUUGGCCUGGCCACAGUCCUGCUCAAGCCAUUGUGGAAACAACCAAGCAAGGUCCUUUUUGUGAAGGAUCUGACCCUGCUCAACCAUUCCAUGAAGCCCACAGAUUGUACUGUCACCCUACAGGUGGCCCACAUGAGCCACCGGGAUAUUGAGAAGACAGGAGCUGAAGACCUCCUGGGCAUAACGGCAAGAGAGGCGGCCAGGCAGAAACUGCUGGUCCCUGGCUCCACCGCGCACAGGGCUCUGUCCUCAAAGCCUCAGCACUUUCAGGUGCGAGUGAAGGUGUUUGAAGCCCGACAGCUCAUGGGCAACAACAUCAAACCAGUGGUGAAGGUGUCCAUCGCAGGCCAGCAGCACCAGACACGCAUCAAGAUGGGGAACAACCCUUUCUUUAACGAGAUCUUCUUCCAGAAUUUUCACGAGGUUCCUGCAAAGUUCUUUGAUGAGACCAUCUUAAUUCAGGUGGUGAACUCCUCAGUAAUGAGAUACAAAGCAGAGAUCGGGAGAUUUCAAACAGAUAUUGGGUUUAUCUACCAUUCUCCGGGUCACACACUCCUAAGGAAAUGGCUAGGCCUCUGCCAACCAAAUAACCCCGGCAGUGGUGUGACAGGCUACCUGAAAGUCACCAUCUGUGCCCUCGGUGUGGGAGACCAGGCCCUGAUAGAUCAAAAGCAGCUGUAUGGGGCCGAUGACACCGAUAUUCAGAUCUUCAAGUCAGCGGUAGUCCCGAUCAACAUGGCUUACUUACAGUUCUUCAUCUACUGCGCAGAGGACCUUCACCUCAAGAACCAGCAGUCAGUGAAUCCUCAGUUGGAGGUGGAACUAAUUGGGGAAAAGCUCAGGACGCACAUGCAGACGCAAACCGACAACCCGAUAUGGAACCAGAUCCUGACCUUCCAGAUUCAGCUACCCUGCCUCUCCAGCUACAUCAAGUUCAGAGUCUUGGACUGCCACAGGAAGGACUGCUCGGAUGAGAUUGGGACCGCCAGCCUGUCCCUCAACCAGAUCUCGUCCACCGGAGAGGAGAUCGAAGGCGCGUACUCUGGCUUCCUGCCCUGCUUUGGCCCCAGCUUCCUGACUCUGCACGGGGGUAAAAAGGCCCCUUUCAGGAUCCAGGAAGAAGGCGCUGAGGCGGGGCGGGCUCUGAUUGGCCCGGCGGGGAGCGCAGACUCAGUGAUGGCAGUUCCCACCCAGCCGGAAGCAUUGGAUGGUUUAGCUUAUCGAGGCCGAGUCUUCCUGGAGUUAAUCACCCAAAUCAAGUCCUGUCAAGACUCCACGAUAAAAGAUCUCUCCCAUGAAGUGACCAGGAUAGAGAAGCACCAGAACCGCCAAAAGUAUGGGCUGUGCGUCAUCUUCCUCUCCUGCACCAUGAUGCCCAACUUUGAAGACCUGAUCCAUUUCGAGGUCAGCAUCGGUCACUAUGGGAACAAGAUGGACCUGAAUUACAAGCCUCUAGUCUCAAGCACACAGUACAGCCCAGUGAUAUAUGAUGGGAACAUCUACCAUUAUGUGCCCUGGUACAACAUCAAGCCUGUCGUGGCCGUGACCUCCAACUGGGAGGACGUCAGCUUCCGCAUGAACUGCCUCAACCUCCUCCACUUCACUCGGGACCGCCUGAAAGCCAACCUGGACACCCUGAAAUCCACGCGGAAUCCGAAGGACCCAGCUCUCCUCUGCCAGUGGGAGAAACUGCUGAGGGAGCUGGUGGAGGACUGCAAGCGCCCUCUGCCCUGCAUGACCGACCAGCCCAAAGCCACCAACCUGGACAGGAAGAGGUGGCAGCUCCGCAGCCUCCUCCUGCAAGAACUGGCCCAAAAGGCCAAGCAAGCCAUGCCCAGGGACAUGGUGGCCACAGCGGAGGACUGGCUGUACCGCCUCAACGCUGUGCUCCCUGAGCCCCAGAUGGGCCUUCCUGACGUGAUGAUUUGGCUGGUGGCCAAGGAGCAGCGAGUGGCCUACGCACAGGUGCCUGCCCACUCCGUCCUCUUCUCCCGGGCAGGGGCCCUGCACUCCGGCAGGCUCUGUGGGAAGAUACAGACACUCCUCCUCCAGUACCCAGAGGGUGAAGGACAGAAGGAUGUGCUCCCAGCUCACCUCCGGGUCUGCAUGUGGCUUGGCAAUGUCACAGACAGCAAGGACCUGCAGCUUCUCUGCCAGGGUGACAUGGCAGUGUACGCCGAGACGUAUGAGAAUCAGGCCAAGUAUAAAGACCAGUGGGGGCAGCAGGGGCUGUAUCGCUGCCCCAACUUCUCAGAUGUCAUGGGGAACAAGACCCUCCCCAUGACGGAUUUCCAGCCACCCCUGGGAUGGCACUGGCAGGACAGCUGGACAGUGGAACCUCAGAGGAGACUCCUCCUGGACACAGACAUCAACAAGAGCCAGGUGCUGGAGGAGGUAUAUGAGAACCAGGGCCGCGACAUCAGAGGCGCCUGGGGGCCUGCCGCCAUCCCAAACACAGACGUGAACGGACAGCCCACGGAGGCCCGGGAGAACGUGAAGUGCCCCCAAGGCUGGCACUUUAAGAAGGACUGGGUGGUGGAGCUGAACCACGCAGUGGACAGUAAGGGCUGGGAGUAUGGCGUGGGCAUCCCCCCCUCGGGCCUGCCCCAGGUCUGGAGCCCGGUGGAGAAGACCUACCACUCGUGCCGCCGGCGGCGCUGGGCGCGCGUGCGCUUCCGGAACCGCGGGGAGCUGAGCCGCGAGCAGGAGACCGUCUCCUUCCUGCAUCUGGGCCCGGCCGAGGGCGAGGAGGACGGCUGGGAGUACGACGCCUUCGGCUCCAAGUUCCACCUCCACCCUCAGCCCCGGAGCCGCUUCCGCCGCCGCUGCUGGCGCCGCAGGCUGGUGCCCGACAAGGACAAGGGCGUCGCGCCCGUCUUCCUCCUGGAGGGCUCCUUGGCCAUGGAUCUGAAACACCGAGCUGGGAAGGAAGAGGAGAGCAAGCCAUGGCCGUGGGGUCUGGACAGACAGUUCAGGGACCCCCAGAGGCAGGACGCCCGGCCCCCCAACAUGCCCUUCAUCUACUGCACCUUUAACAAGCCCCACUACUACCAGCUCUUCUGCUACAUCUACCAGGCCCGGAACCUGGUGUCCAAUCAGAUCCUGACAUUCCAAGGGCCCUUCAUUCGGGUGGUCUUCCUGAACCACAGCCAGUGCACCCAAACCCUGAGGAGCUCUGCAGGCCCCACGUGGGCACAGACACUCAUCUUCCAGCACCUCCUUCUGUACGAAAACCCGCAGGACACCAAAGAGAGCCCGCCGCUUGUGGUGCUAGAGCUGUGGCAGCGUGACUCCUGGGGCAAGGAGAGCUUGUGGGGACGAAGCAUGUGGCCCCCAGUGGUCUGGCUGGAUCUCCAGGACCGGAUCCUGCCCCCCAUGAGGUGGCACCCCCUUAUGAAGGAGCUGGGGAAGGAAGAGGGCGAGAUCUUGGCAUCCUGUGAGCUGAUCCUCCAGACUGAGAAGCUUGGCGAGAAGCAGCUGCCUAUCUUAAGCGUUCCCUGGAAGAAUGGGGCAUACACACUCCCCAAGAGCAUCCAGCCCACGAUAAAGAGGAUGGCCAUUGAGAUCCUGGCCUGGGGCCUUCGGAACAUGAAGAAGGCGAGCUCCCCCCAGCUCCUGGUGGAAUUCGGGGAAGAGUCCCUGAGGACAGAACCCAUCAGAGACUUUCAGACCAACCCCAACUUCCCCGAGUCCGAGUCUGUCCUAGUCCUCAUAGUGCUCAUGCCCACGGAGGCGGCCUACGCACUGCCCCUCGUGGUGAAGGUGGUGGACAACUGGGCCUUCGGCCAGCAGACCGUGACGGGCCAAGCCAACAUCGACUUCCUCCAGCCCUACUUCUGUGACCCCUGGGCUCAGGACUACGUGCACCCAAAGCUUCCGAGGCUGUCUGGGAAGAAGCACCAGGACUUCCUAGGCUACCUCUCCAGAAAGUUCUGGUUCAAGUCCAGUAAAGCAGAGGAUGAGUAUGAGCACGAGGUGGACUGGUGGAGCAAGCUGUUCUGGGCCACAGAUGAGCACAAGUCCCUGAAGUACAAGUACAAAGACUACCACACCCUCAAGGUGUACGACUGUGAGCUGGAGGCCGUGCCAGCCUUCCAGGGCCUGCAGGACUUCUGCCAGACCUUCAAGCUCUACCAGGAGCAGCCCAAGUUGGACAGCCCCGUGGUAGGGGAGUUCAAGGGCCUCUUCCGUGUCUACCCCUUUCCUGAGAAUCCAGACGCCCCGAAGCCCCCGCUCCAGUUCUUGGCUUGGCCAGAGAGAGAGGACUUCCCCCAGCCAUGCCUGGUGCGGGUGUACGUGGUACGAGCCAUCAACCUGCAGCCCCAGGACUACAACGGCCUGUGUGACCCUUACGUGAUCCUGAAACUGGGCAAGACAGAGCUUGGCAGCCGGGACAUGUACCAGCCCAACACUCUGGAUCCCAUCUUCGGCACGAUGUUUGAGCUCACCUGCAACAUCCCCCUGGAGAAGGACCUAGAGAUCCAGCUCUAUGACUUCGACCUAUUUUCACCUGAUGAUAAGAUAGGAACCACAGUCAUCGACCUUGAAAACCGACUCCUCUCUGGCUUUGGAGCUCACUGUGGGCUCUCCAAAUCCUACUGCCAGUCAGGACCCUUUAGAUGGCGGGAUCAGAUGCCCCCAAGCUACCUCCUAGAACGCUAUGCCAAGCGCAAAGGGCUGCCUCCGCCUCUGUUCAGUCCUGAGGAAGAUGCUGUUUUCUAUAACGGGAAAAAAUUCAAGCUGCAAAGCUUUGAACCCAAAACCCCUACUGUUCACGGUUUGGGGCCCAAGAAGGAACGCCUUGCACUCCACCUCCUGCACACCCAGGGGCUGGUGCCUGAGCACGUGGAGACCCGCACACUGUACAGUGACAGCCAGCCAGGCAUCGACCAGGGAAAGGUGCAAAUGUGGGUGGACAUCUUCCCCAAGAAGCUGGGGCCUCCUGGCCCCCCAGUCAACAUCAACCCCAGAAAGCCUAAACGGUAUGAGCUGCGCUGCGUCAUCUGGAAAACCGCCAACGUGGACCUGGUGGAUGACAAUUUAAGUAGAGAGAAGACGAGCGACAUCUACAUCAAAGGGUGGCUGUAUGGGCUGGAGAAGGACAUGCAGAAGACAGAUAUCCACUACCACUCGCUGACUGGGGAGGCGAACUUCAACUGGCGGUUCAUCUUUACCAUGGACUACCUGGCGGCGGAGCGCGUGUGUGUCCAGAGCCAGAAGGAUUACAUAUGGAGCCUGGAUGCCACGUCCAUGAAGUUCCCAGCCCGACUUAUCAUCCAGGUCUGGGACAAUGACAUCUUCUCCCCCGACGACUUCCUAGGGGUCCUGGAGUUGGAUUUGUCUGACAUGCCCCUCCCGGCUCGGCACGCCCAGCAGUGCUCCAUCAGGAUGAUGGACGCUGACCCCAAGUGGCCCUAUUUCCUCCAAUACAAGCACUUCUCCCUCUUUAAGAAGAAGACUGUGACUGGCUGGUGGCCUUGCCAGGUCCUCGAUGGUGGCAAAUGGCGCUUGUCGGGCAAGGUGAAGAUGAGCCUGGAGAUUCUGUCAGAGAAGGAAGCCUUAAUCAAGCCAGCCGGGCGAGGCCAGUCAGAACCCAACCAGUACCCUACACUUCACCCUCCCCUACGCCCCUACACCUCUUUCAUGUGGUUGCGGUCACCAGCUCAACACUUCUGCUCUGUUUUCUGGAAACGCUAUCGCUUCAAACUCAUCGCCUUUAUGGUCAUAUCGAUUCUAGCACUUUUGCUGUUCAACUUUAUCUAUUCAGCUCCGCACUAUUUGGCCAUGAGCUGGAUCAAACCUCAACUUCAGCUAUAUCCUCCCAUUAAAAUAUUCAAUAUCAUCACUUCACUAAACACCAGCAAUGCCAGCUCUUCCAUCCUUCCCACCCAGGAUCCAAACCUAAAGCCUACAAUAGACCAUGAGUGGAAACUCCACCCAGGACCUACCAAUCACCUGAGUAACAUUUUCCCAGAACUUCCAGCCCCAGAAGACUAAUUAGCCCACGCUGCCCGGCUUUCCUCCUCUACCAACAGCCCUCCCCUUGGGCCGCCUACCAGUUCUUUGUUUCUGUCUUCUAGGAUAGAUGCAAGGUGCUAGGAAUAUUCUGGCUAUUGUGUUCAGAAAUCACUUCCAACAAGAAGAGCAGAGCUAUAAUUUUCCACUGAAAUAAACAAGUUCUGUAACA